GAAUGGUCCGUUGCAGCGAACCGGGCUGAGACUGGGUGGCUGGCGGCCAAGAUGGACACCAUCGAGGACCGGCUCGGCAUCCGCAUCCAGCUGGUGCAAGACGCCUUGACCACUGCCAACACUGCCGCCCUUGUGGAGGCCAAGCAGCUCAGCGAGUCCAUGCUGCAGGAGAUCACCGGCUUCGCGGACGCGGCCGGCUCGGCGCUGGGCCGGCACAGCGUGAAGGCGGCCUUGGCCAAGUUCGCGGCGGGCGAGCGGCUGGAGGGGCCGGUGAACACUACCAGGGCCAAGGUGGCUCUGGGAGAGCUGGCAGCGCUUCAUGCCACGCUUCAGAGUGCUGCGGGCACCAGCAAGAUGCAGGCGCUGGGGGCGCAGAUCCAGCGGGAGGCGAGUCAACUUCAGAGCUUGGCGCAGCGACAGCUGCAGACUUUGGGGGUCUACAAGGAGCACAGCAAUGCCAGCCGCGCCUUCGUGCAGAAGCUUCGUGGCCAUUCCUCUGAGACCCGCGGUGCGCUGGUGGAGGUGGACAAGAUCUGGUGGGAGCUGCGGAACAAGGUGGAUGGCUACCUCGAUGCAGCACAACAGCAGGUGAGCGCCUUCCAAGCGUCUCUGCAAGCCAUCGCCGCCUACGAGACCUGCGGCACGGACCUGGGGGCGGUGCAGACCAGCUAUGCCAAGAACCUGGCGGCGCGGGACCUGGGCCACGCGCAGCUGCGCUCCGCCUGGCGAGACGCCUCGCACCUCUUCGGUGAGCUGGCGGCGGUGCUGGCGGAUGGCGAGGUCUUCGAGGCCUUUGUGCGGGACGAGGGCUGCCACUCCUCUUUGGCGAGGCAGACCCUCCACCAAGCGCGCCUCGCCCUGCGGGCGCUGAAGAUGUUGGCCCACCGCUUCGAGGCCGGGGGUCUGCCGAAGCCGGACGGUACGCCCCUGGUGGCGGCGGCCCGGCGUAUCCAGCGCAGCUUUAAAGCCGCCACUGCCUGCUGAGAUGGGCGCCGGGCAAACCUCGAAGAAACUCCCUUCUCAUCCCAUA